CGUCAGAGUUCAGUGUACGAUCGACCCCAUCCAGGUGAAGUUACACGUUAAAUCAUCAACGAGUAAAACUGCGAAAAUGGCGUCUUCUUUGUUGCGUUUCGGUAGAUCUACUUCCUCUCUUCUCACCAGGGGCCUGCUUGGUAGUAGAGCUGGAUCAUGUAACUACUCAAGUGCACCAACUACCAAACUGCUUAUCGAUGGAAAGAUGGUAGAGUCCCAGACGACAGAGUGGAUUGAUGUCCAUAAUCCUGCAACCAAUGAAGUAGUGACGAGGGUUCCCAAAGCUACUGCCAGCGAGAUGGAGGCAGCCGUCAAUGCCGCACAGGCCGCCUUUCCAGCUUGGUCUAAGACCAGCGUCCUCACCAGACAACAGAUCAUGUUCAAAUACCAAGCACUUAUCAAGGAAAAUAUGCAAAGACUUGCUGAAUCCAUCACAUUGGAACAAGGCAAGACACUGGUAGAUGCUGAGGGUGAUGUACUGAGAGGACUCCAGGUUGUGGAGCACGUAUGCAGCAUUACAUCAUUACAGCUUGGAGAGACUCUACCUUCUAUUACCAAAGACAUGGAUACUUACACGAUGCGUGUACCAUUGGGAGUCUGCGCUGGAAUCACACCAUUCAACUUCCCAGCAAUGAUUCCACUAUGGAUGUUCCCUGUAGCUGCCGUUGCUGGUAACACAGUGAUUAUGAAGCCAUCAGAGAGGGACCCCGGAGCAUGUAUGAUCCUGGCUGAACUAGCUCAGGAAGCUGGGCUACCGGAUGGUGUCAUUAAUAUCAUUCAUGGUCAACAUGAUUCUGUGAACUUCAUCUGUGACCAUCCCUACAUCAGGGCUGUGUCGUUCGUUGGGUCAGAUCAAGCCGGCAACUACAUCCAUGAGAGGGCUAGCCGUAAUGGCAAGCGUGUACAGUGCAACAUGGGAGCUAAGAACCACGGUGUUAUCAUGCCUGAUGCAAACAAAGAGAAUACACUCAACCAGCUUUGUGGAGCAGCCUUUGGUGCCGCCGGUCAGAGGUGUAUGGCUUUGUCUACUGCAGUAUUUGUAGGAGAAGCCAAGGAAUGGCUACCUGACCUGGUGGAAAGGGCCAAGGCCCUCAAGGUCAAUGCUGGUGACCAGCCUGGUACAGAUCUUGGUCCAUUGAUCUCACCUCAAGCUAAAGAUAGAGUAUGUGAGUUAAUCCAGUCUGGAGCCGAUGAGGGCGCUAACCUUGUCCUGGAUGGCAGGGGCAUUGUCGUUGACGGCUAUGAGAAGGGUAACUUUGUCGGACCAACCAUCAUUACAGAUGUUGAGACAAACAUGACUUGCUACAAGGAAGAGAUCUUUGGGCCUGUCCUGGUAGUGGUCAAUGUAGAUACCCUGGAUGAAGCCAUUGAACUAGUCAACAGCAACCCAUAUGGUAACGGAACUGCUAUCUUCACCACAAACGGAGCAACAGCCAGGACAUACACAGAGCUGAUUGAUGUUGGCCAGGUUGGUGUGAAUGUACCAAUCCCUGUGCCACUGCCCAUGUUCUCCUUCACCGGAUCCAGGGGCUCCUUCAAGGGAGACACCAACUUCUACGGCAAGCAGGGUCUCCAGUUCUACACCCAGGUCAAGACCGUGACCCAGUUAUGGAGGGCCGAAGAUGUGACCCACUCCAGGGCAGCCGUUGCCAUGCCAGUCCUCAAGUAAACAAACCUCGGGUAUUCACCAAACAACAUGAAGAUUCCUUUAUGUUUCAUUUCCUGAAAUGUAUCUAGAUGCCAGGUCCUUGAUUUACAAGCGAACCAAACGAGGAAUGGUGAAUGUAAGAAGGGAAUAUUAAUAGUACUCUCUUUCAACACAAUCUUAUGUGCUGCCUAUUUUUUUUUGUAUAACUGAAGGCAUUUUUGGGUCAUACAUUUGAGCAAAUAAUUUGUGUCAAUCACUGAUUUGCAGUUAAAUUUGUUUUUUUUCUGGCUUUUUCUAAACCACAUGGGGUGGUGUUAUGUUACUUUUGUGGUGUUUGUGUAAUGAUAUGAGAAUUUAGAAAUAUAUUUUAUUUUCCCCAAAGUGGCUGGUUUAGGCUGUCAGCUGUAUUUAAAAAAUUGUAAACGGACUCUAAAGCCAUGAUAAUGAAUUUAUGAGAUUAUCAAACCCUUAUUAAUGCCUUCUGAUGAACACAUUGCAUCAGCUGCAACCAUUUGUUUGGAAACGGUAUUUCAUCAUGAUGUCAAAUAUAAUCAUGAUAAAUGCCAAAUUGUAGAAAUACAUGUAGUGUGUUAUUAAGAGAUUUUCCAUGCUAAUUAUGAAUUUAAAGACAGCUUAUGUGAAGCUUUAAAACACUAUUUAAAGACUGCUUUAUUUUAUUUUAAUAUAUAUAGUUAGCAUUUAUUGCCUUCAUAUCUGUAAGAUGCGAUUAUUCUGUAUAAAAGUCACUUGGCAGGGUCUUUGUGGACAAAUUAUCCAAGUUUGUUGAUUCAUGGUUAUCAAUUUCUUGGCCAUUUAAGUCAUUGAAAUAAUCAAAAGUAUAAUUAAUGACAGUCAAUAUGAAUUGUACAGGAAUCUGGCACAAAGUACAUCAUCCAUUGUCUACUGUACUGUUAUCUCAUCUAUUGCACAGAACUCAUCAUUUCAUCAUGAUUAUCAUUACUCGGUAUAUUCAUAUCCAUUGUAAUUGCUGUAAGAUGUACAAAUUGAUAGAUGUAAAGAGGUUUGAGGAAAUAAACCACAAUUUCAUAUGCACAAGGAAAGAAAUUACUUUCAGAAAAGAGGUUUGAGAGAAGAAAAAAAUUGUCUUAAUGCUGCAUAAUGGAAAGAGAUUGUUUUUGUAUCGUACUGCUUUGAUUAUUCAUUAGAAUUAAAAGUUAUUGACAUAAUUUCCUUAUGACAGCAGGAAAUCUAAGUGAUUUGUUUUGUAUCCAUGCUGUCUGUUAUUCUAUCCCUUAAGAGGUGUGGAUCAGAGCUGUUAUUCCUGACUUUCUGCUUACAUGAUUAUUCUCUCAAGGAGGGAGGAUUGUAGGGGAAUUCCCACGAUUCCCUUGUGAGGUAAUUUAGUUAGAAAGUGUGGUACAAACAACCUUUCAAGAUUGAAGAGCAUCUCCUGAAAAUUUGAAAACACAUCAACUAUAAGAAUUUCUAAUUGCAUAGAUUUCUAAACAUUUUAUUUAAAAUCCCUAGUGGACAAAUCUCGAAUAUAGUUGGAAAAAGCAGAUAAGACUUGUUAUUGGAUGUGCUAUUGAUCUGAACUGUUUUAGGGGUUGUUGACUCUUCCAUAUCUAUGUCUGUGUAUUGGAUAGGAGUGAAUGGGGUGAGAUAUCAAAUGAAUAAUUACAUCUGCAUGGCUUAGAGUACACAAAUCAAAUCAAAAAUUUCAUACCAUGCUGUUAUAUUUGAGUUGUGAUGAAUAUAUAGUACAUGCUAUUUCCCUUUUUUGUAUAAAAAAUGCCAUGUAUUCUCUUUCCACUGAUUCAAUUUUUGUUUGGAUGGACACUUAUUAAAGAUAUAUAUCUAUUUUGAUAUUGCAGAUGAUAUUGCAAUAAAUUUAUCAUGAUCAUGACUCAGUA